UCGUCUUUCAGACAGUCUGUUUUUGCUGCAGUGAACGGUAGCCUCGGAGAGAGAGAGAGAGAGAGAGAAAGAGAGAGAGAGAAGGGGAGAGAUAGAGAUACAAACAGAGUGAGAGAAAGAGGGAGAGCGGAGGGGGAAAAAAGCAAGAAAAACAAGGAGUCAACAAAAGGAACAAGGAUAUAUAUAUAUUUUUUUCUCCUCUUGAAAAAAGUCGAUCGGAACACGUUGGGAGAGGGAUCCGGACAGCAGGCUGCUGCGCAUCAGAGGAGGGAACCUCACUGGAGAGCUUACUGGAGACCAAACCCGACUCCGGAGGCGGAAUAUAACGGUGACGCUCCAGAGCUCCUCGGCCCUCCUGAGGAUUCGGUGAGACAGGCGGAUCUGUGUGCCCGACCAUGGCCUCCCCAUCAGCCCUCUCCACAUUAUGGAGCGUCAGCUUAUUGACAGUACUCCUCACAGCUGCGGUUCACAGCAACAUUUUCGAUGACGAUGACCCCUUACAGCCAGAAACCUCGGAUGAGGUGGUGUCGGCGGGCGGCACGGUGACGCUGACCUGCCGGGUGAGGGAGAGCGACAACUCCUCGCUGCAGUGGUCCAACACGGCGCAGCAGACCCUGUACUUCGGAGAGAAGAGAGCGCUGAGAGACAACCGCAUCCAGCUGCACCGCUCGACUCCCACCGAGCUCUCCAUCACCAUCGCCGACGUGCAGCUGUCCGACGAGGGCGAGUACACCUGCUCCAUCUUCACCAUGCCGGUCCGCACCGCCCGGGCCACCGUCACCGUGCUAGGUGUGCCCGGGAAGCCUCAGAUCUCGGGCUUUGAGACCGCCGUGCAGGAGGGGAACAAAGUCACCCUGACCUGCACCAGCACCGGCAGCAAACCCCCCGCCAAGCUGCACUGGUACAGAGGAGAGGAGAAGCUGGAAGGGGAUCUGGACGCCAUCGAGUCCGUUCCAGACAACCUCACUUACAACGUGAGCAGCGAGCUCACCCUGGAGGUGACCAGCAGCGACGACAACGCCCUCAUCACCUGCGCCGUGGACCACCCGUCCCUCGCCCCGGGGGACAAGAGGAGCGAGAAGACUCUGCGGGUGUUGUACUCCCCGAAUGUGCAGAUCCAACCCGAGAGCGAUCUGCCUCGAGAGGGGGAGAAGUUUUCGCUUCGGUGUUUGGGCACCGGCAAUCCCGACCCCAUCACCUACAUUUGGGAGAAGAAGGAUGGAGAGCUCCCCUCGCUGGCCAAGUCCGACGGUGCCGUCCUGCACUUCCCGAUGCUCAACAAAUCAGAUAAUGGUGUCUACAUCUGCCACGCCGACAACGGCAUCGGAAACAACCAGGGGGAGUACACUCUCCAGGUGCAAGAUCCAAGAGACCCCGACUCCCCAGACCCCACCACCCCGACACUUGAUUCAACCGCCUCUCCAUCGUUCGCUCCUUCUCCCACCCCUCCAUCGCCCUCCCCCGAUGUUGUCACUGGCUCUGGCACUGACUCCACUCCCUUCUCCACCUCCUCCUCCACCUCCUCCACCUCCUCCCCUCCUGAUCUCAUCUCCACCUCCUCCUCUGACUCCUCUCCUACGACCACCGACGAGUCACAUGCCGUCUCCACCUCCUCCACCACCACCCUCUCGAACGCGCUCUUCCCCGACCUGCCAGUCUCUCCCGACUCCUCCACCUCCUCCCCAACGCUCCCUCCAUCCUCCUCAAGCAUCCACCCUUCCUCCGCUGCUCCCUCCUCCCUCGCCUCCUCCCUUACACCCCCAGUUUCCGUCCGGCUGAAUGGAGUUUACACUUUCCCAGAUGAGGCAGACAGCAUUCCAGACCCCACCGCCAUGACGACCUCUUCGGGGGUGGACCACGCCGUGAUCGGAGGGGUGGUGGCCGUUAUCGUCUUCAUCCUGCUCUGCCUCCUCAUCGUCCUCGGCAGAUACCUCAUCAGACACAAAGGAACGUAUUUGACCCACGAGGCCAAGGGCUCAGACGACGCCCCGGACGCCGACACGGCGAUCAUAAACGCAGAGGGAGGCCACUCCGGAGCAGAGGACAAGAAGGAGUACUUCAUUUAGAGAGAGAGGACAGAGCGGUGGAGGAAAGGAGCGUUGACGAGGAGGAGGAGGAGGAGGAGCGAAACCCGGAGGACGUAGAGUUGAGAGGAAGGGUGGGGAGGAGGAGAGAAGGAAAUAACCUCCAUUUGUUUUCACGACGCUUCAGUUCUUCACUCGGCCGGCGGGAUUGGUGGGAGGGGACGGGAGGGAAGGAACUGUGGGCAAGCUUCAACUGGUACUACCCUCUUUGCAUUGAUACAGGGAAGUGAGAAUUUGCACUGACGUACGGACGAACUGAAGUCACACACUCCCCAAACGCUCACACACACACCCACCCACACACACACACACACACCACACAAGCAUAUGUACAUGAGUCAGCUCUUGCAGAAACCUCUUCUCGCGACGACUCGAACGCUCGUAGAUGCUCAGAUUAACACGCGCGAGCCUCCUACUAACCCACCUGACACAUUAACACCUUUCUAGACGAGCACUGUAUUCUGUUUCUAACUGUCAGCGCGGGAGGGGA